GUGCUAGAGAUUGUCAUCAAGAGCUCGAUCCGCCACCGUCCACCACAUCGCCCAAGCCAAAACUGCAUGGAGCUCCGACGAACAGAAGAAUCUACAGUGGCUCUUCCGCAGCGCGUGGCCUGGAGUAUCAACUGUGGUCUGGUUUGUACCAUCAUGUUAGUUCUGGAGCAAUUAUGUGCGGUGACCCGCCUCAAUAGUCGUUGCAUAGCUGUUGCAUGCAUGCCUAAUACAUAGAAGGCAAUACCGGUAGGCAGAAUCCACUGUGGUUGAAUGCGAAUUGACUUGUUUAUUUAUUUCUUCCUCUUGGGCUUGGGGUCGCCUUCAUUCGCUCUCAACACUGACCAACCACAAAAGCACUGCAUUAUUUGGAAACCGCAUUGAAUUUCCAAUUAAUACAAUCAAAAACCAAGAUUACUAUCCACCAUGGGCAGCCCAACAGCAAGCCCAGUUGCACCACCAGCCACCACCGCCGCUCCAUUACCAGCACCUCACCGCAAUAUGUUUCGCCGCAUGCGUAGUAGCCGUAAUCGAGCACAAGGAGGAGUACCAUUAGUGAUUGACAAUACAGACAUGCCCACGAAACCAAGACGGACCAGAGCCAGCAGAACCAACAACAAUGGCGGAACGCGAGAACUCUUCAAUCUAAAGGGAUUCUUUCGCAGCCAAGGUAACCUUGGCCGCAAGGCAACACCCAAGGACCGAGGCAUGUUGGUUCGGGCCGCGAGCGAUCGAUCCGGGCCUCUGAGACGGUCCACGUCGACGCAUUUCACUCGGUCUACCACACACCGCUCCUCCGCGUUCCUAUUGGAGCCAGAGCCCUUUACCAUGUCAGCUUUUCUAAUGCCCGAAGAGCUUGCGGCUUUUGAGAACGCAUGUGAAGAAGUAUCAUCAGUAGCAGAACAAGAAGAAGAAGCCAAAGAAGAGGUCUCGCCUCUCGACUGUUGCCUGGACCAUGAACCAGUAGCGCUUGUGAUUGAUGACGACGAUUACGGCAACCCGAUCAUGGGCUCCUCGGGCACUCUGUCGCGUGGUGGUAGUAGUAUUACGAAUCACUCGCUGCAGAGUCAACGGCAGCAACAACAAGAGUUCGAAGAAGAAGAGCGACUGUCGGAUUGUAACAACAAGCCCUAUCCAGCAGCAUCCGUUGUUGUUGUGCCAGAGAUUUCCUUUGCCAUGAAGAAGAACAAACACGAAGAGCUAGGCCGCAUUCAAUUUGAAUUCGACACUCUUGCGGAAGCUCGAGCCAAAGCCGCAAGACUGCAACGGCCGAUUCUCUGCGUGGAGGCCGAAGUGCCUGGCGAUGUCACGACGGGCGAAACCACCUUUUCGCAUCCUCUCAUUGUCGAAGCGGCCGAGUCGCUCUUUGUUACUGUCCAGCAAAGACCUCUUCAGCCACAAGAUGACGAUGAUGGUCGCUUCUUCACCAACUCUUCUUGUCGCACACGAGUCCGAGUGCUCGACGACAUGGCCAUUGAUGUCCUUCCGCCCGUGGAACGCAUGACGGCAGCUCUCGUCGUAGCCGCCAUGGUCCGAGGGCUCGAGUCGUACCGGAUGCGAGUGCCACAGUAUCUUCGGCUCCUUCUCGAAGAAGAAGGCGGAAAGCUGCAGGUCUUGUCCAAGACACGCGUCAGAAACAUUCAAGGCAAGGCCAUCUUUGGCAUUUUUGACGCCAACUACGCAGAAGUGGAAUUUGCUGGAAUCGACGGAGUGUUGGCCACUCGAUCAGGAUCGAUGGUCAGACAGCAAGUGGUACAAGUUACCUACGAUUCGAGGAGACUAACGUAUGGUGCCUUGGUCCGACAUGCCCUCCGGAACACGGGUGCCACCAUGAUCUACUACGAAACCAAUGAUCAACGAAUUGCCGCACAGCUCGAAGUUCAACAAUUUGAAGAGUUUCGCCAAACAUUACAGCAACGGUUCAUGGACGACCAACAAGAAGAGGACAUCAUUCCUCAACCAGCCAUCAAAGUCACAGAAGCAUUCGGCAACCUACGAAACGCACACCACCCCAAACCAGCUCUGCGCAAGUCUAUUCUACGAUUUGUCCCCAUGACCGACCUGCAAGCGACUCGUGCCAACCGCCUCAUUCACCAAAACAAAUUCAAUGAAGCCAUGCACCUGCUAAGUCCUAGGCAGGGAUUGAUUGCUAUGCAGUCUGUGCGGGCUCAUCACAACACAAAUUUUCACUUUCAUGAUGUGGUGGAUGUACCCAUUGCACUCGCCUGGACAGAACUUUGCGGAGAAGAUGUAGAAGCUAGCGAGCACGACGAUAGUGAACGCUGCCACUACUGCGUGGUAGGUCGAACCGACAGCAUUUCCAGCGACGACGACGACGAGGAAGAACCUGCGCUAUACCAUUCUAGAAAUUAAAAUGCCUUACUGAUAGAAGCAAACUUAUAGACUACCUUUAGGA